ACUGAUGGCUUAUCCUAACUAUAUCCUUCUUCUCAAACCCUAUAAAAAGUCGAAAAACGUCUUCCGUAUAUCGUACAAUCAUAAAAGCAUCAAGCAUUUAAUCUUUAGCAAGCGAACUCGGAAUCUUUAUCAAAGAAAGAUGGAGAGAAGAAACGUUUUCGACUGGACUAUUCUUUUUCUCGUCGUUUUUCUUGUGGGGUAUCUCUCCACUCCAGCCCGAGCUGAAGUGAAAAAAUACCAGUUCGACAUUCAAGUGAAGAAUGUGAGCAGGUUGUGCCAUUCGAAGCCAAUUGUAACGGUAAACCGGAUGUUUCCAGGGCCAACGAUCUACGUUAGAGAAGGAGAUCGACUUCUUAUUAACGUCACUAACCAUGCACAAUAUAACAUGUCCAUUCACUGGCAUGGAAUGAAGCAAUACCGAAACGGGUGGGCAGAUGGACCGGCUUAUAUAACACAAUGUCCGGUUCAGACCGGUCAAAGUUACACGUACGAUUAUAAUGUAACCGGUCAACGAGGAACACUAUGGUGGCAUGCACAUAUAUUUUGGCUAAGAGCUACUGUUUAUGGUGCUAUUGUAAUUAUGCCCAAAAUUGGGGUUCCUUAUCCUUUUCCUCAGCCUGCUUUCGAGUUUAAUUUAGUCCUAGGGGAGUGGUGGAAUGAUGAUGUUGAAGAGAUUGUUAAACAAGGAAAUAAGCUCGGAUUGCCUCCGAAGAUGUCCGAUGCGCAUACUAUCAACGGCAAGCCGGGCCCACUCUACCCGUGUUCCGAAAAACACACUUACGCAAUAGAAGUCGAGCAAGGCAAAACCUACCUCCUGCGGAUCAUCAACGCGGCACUCAACGACGAGCUCUUCUUCGCCAUCGCAAACCACACGCUAACCGUAGUGGAAGUCGACGCGGUCUACACAAAGCCCUUCUCGACCGAAGCAAUCCUGAUUGCCCCGGGCCAGACAACGAAUGUCCUGGUCCGGGCCAACCAAGCCCGCGGCCGCUACUUCAUGGCCGCGGGCCCCUUCAUGGACGCCCCACUCUCGAUCGACAACAACACCGCCACAUCCAUACUACAAUAUAAGGGCACCCCAAAAACCAUAAUCCCAAAAAUCCCCAAACUACCCCUCCUCAAUGACACCACCUUUGCACUCACCUACAAUUCCAAGAUUAGAAGCUUGGCUUCAAGAAACUUCCCCGCGAACGUCCCGCUCAAAGUCGACCGACACUUAUUCUACACGAUCGGGUUAGGAAUAAACCCUUGCCCUAAUUGCCAAAACGGGACCAAACUCUCGGCUUCGUUGAACAACAUUACUUUUAUAAUGCCGAAAAUCGGGUUAUUACAAGCCCAUUACUACAACCUUAAAGGAGUCUUCACUACCGAUUUCCCAGACAACCCUCCGACACCGUUUAACUACACAGGCGCGCCUCUAACGGCGAAUCUCGGCACGGUGCAAAGUAGCAAGCCAAGGGUGAGCAAGCUAGAGUUCAACUCGACCGUGGAGUUGGUUUUGCAGGACACAAAUCUUUUAUCGGUGGAGUCUCAUCCCUUCCAUCUCCACGGAUACAAUUUCUUCGUCGUCGGAACCGGGAUCGGAAACUUUGACCGGAAAAAAGAUCCAGCGAAGUUCAACUUGGUCGACCCACCAGAGAGAAACACAGUCGGAGUACCCACUGGUGGCUGGACUGCAAUAAGAUUUAGAGCUGAUAAUCCAGGUGUGUGGUUUAUGCACUGUCACUUAGAACUGCAUACUGGAUGGGGAUUGAAGACAGCAUUUGUAGUGGAAAAUGGACCAGAUUCAGAUCACUCUGUUUUGCCUCCACCAAAGAAUCUUCCACAGUGUUAAAUUGGCUCCAAAAUCAAAUGAUUUUUUUUGGGGAAAUUUGUUAAUUUUUUUUUUAUUUUUUUUUUUUCGAAGGAUUUGAUGCAAAAUGCAGAGCAUUUUGCAUAAGGUUGAAAUUAAAGUUUGCUAAAAGCAAACAAAAUUAUUAUUAAAAAUAUAUAAUGCAAUUUGUGUUA